AUGGCAGAAGGUGAAAGAUCCGUUGGGGGUAAUGAGAGGCACACCCACAACAGAGAAGAUAGCGGAAAGGAAAGGGAAAGAUCUCUGAGUCCCAGGAAGAGGUUUGAAAGAAAGAUGGAUGCUUUGAUGGACAUGGUCUCCCUCAUGAUGGGAAAAAUGGGUCAGAACACCACUCCUCAAAAUAACUCAGGCCAUAGAGGAGAGUAUAGUGCUUCCAAACCGCAUGAUGAGCAUGCAGGCCGGAUUAAUCAGCCUGAUCCUGAGGAGAAUGCUUCAUUUGUGGAGCAGUUGAGACUCGGUCGAGCAGAGUAUGAUUCUCUACCUGACGACAUCAAAAUGGAUAUGUCCUAUAAUGAUUUCAUGGAUCAUAAAAGGAAAAACAAAGGACAAGGGAGAUAUUAUGAUCAGAGGAGACCAUUAAAUCAAGGAGACUUGUACCAAGCUGUCAACAAAGUUACACUUCCCCACUUUGACAGGAGUGAUUCCAAUUCAGCCCGAGCUUGGAUUCAAAAGCUGGAUAACUAUCUAGCUCUCCGACCAAUGGCAGAAGAAGAAGCGAUCAAGUUCGCUACGCUACACCUUGAUGGGGUGGCGCACGAGUGGUGGUACCAUGGCCUCAUCACCUUGGGUCAUAGGUCUAUCACAGCAUAUGAUGAGUUCACCACUAGGCUCAUUGAGAGAUUUGAGAAGAAGGAUCCUGAAAUCCACUUUAGAGAACUUGCACAACUAAGACAGUAUAGCACAGUCGAUGCCUACAUUGCAGAAUUUCAACGGCUCUCAGUCAUGGUGACGGGAAUCACGGAAAGGAGAUUGGUGAUUCUUUUCAGUGAAGGGUUGACAGAACCUCUCAAGGGGUGGAUUAAAGCUUUCGAUCCCCCAUCAUUGCAAGAGGCCAUGAAAAAAGAAAGAAAUAUGGAGUGGGCCACUCCUAAGGCCAAAUUUCAGUCAAAUUCCCCCUUUCAGAAAAGGGAUAAGGGAAAAAGGCCUCAGCAUAGACCGCCCUUGAGACCUCAACACCAAGAGUUCAAGAACCGCAAUCCCAAUGUCACCUGGUUGGAUCCAGAAACCCUGAAUGAACUCAGAAGAAAGGGGUUAUGUUUCCGGUGUAGGGAAAAGUGGUCACAAGAUCAUGUUUGCCAAAAGGGGGUUAAGUUCAAUCAGAUUGAAUAUUAUUCUGCUGGUGAGAGUGAUUCUGAAUUGUCCAAUCAGCAAUCUGAUUUUGAAGAAAGUGAAGGAGAUAGAGCCCCAGAAGAAUCUGGAGAUGAAAAGGAGUGUGGGGGAGUCUUGGCCCAACUCUCUAGUUUUCAAAGAAACGAAUCAUUCAAGGUUCGUGGGAUGAUCAAAGGGCAGCGAAUUGUAGCCUUGAUCGACACUGGAGCAACACAUAACUUCAUUGAUGAAGUUGUGGUAGCCAAGAAGGGGCUGCAAACUGAAGAGUUUGAAGGGUUUAAGGUCAUGGUUGCCGAUGGAUUCCAUAUCUCUUGCACCAAGAAGAUUUCAAACAUGACCAUGCAGUUGGGAAACUACGAAGUUAAGGAUGACUUCUACAUAGUACACAUUGGGGAUACUGAUGCUGUCCUUGGUAUUCAAUGGCUGCGUUCUCUUGGGGAGAUUGCCUUGAAUCUACAGACUAUGGAGUUGAAGUUUCAAUCAGAUGGGAAGAGGAUAGUUCUAAGAGGAAUGUCUAAUGGAGGUCCGCGAGUUGUGUCAUUCAAGAGAAUGGCAAGACUGAUCCGUCAUGAUCAAGCUGAGUGGAUUGCUGAAUGUAUAAUCCUCCCUGCUAGUCCGGUUGAGACUAAACGUGACCAACCUCCUGACAUCCAGUCUCUUCUCACAAAGAAAAGUGCGGUUUUUGCCGACUUGCCUCCUGGACCUCCACCUGAACGGGGUUCAGAACACAUUAUAGAGCUUAAGGAAGGAGCUAAACCGGUGAUCACAACUCCAUAUAUGUAUCCGAAGAGGCAGAAAGAUGAAAUAGGGAGGAAUAUUCAAGAACUCUUGGAGAUGGGUUUCAUUCGCCCAAGCAAGAGCCCCUUCGCUUCUGCAGUGGUUUUGGUGAAGAAGGAGGAUGGGACCAUGCGCAUCAAGACUUGGGAUGAUCAUCUCAAGCACUUGGAAGGAGUGCUUAAUAUCUUGGAGUCUGAGAGUUUGUUCGCUAAAGCUUCCAAAUGUGAAUUUGGAAUGGAGGAGUUAUUGUACCUGGGUCACAUAAUCAGUGCUGGAGGAGUGAAGGUGGACCCGGAAAAGAUAAAAGCAGUCAUGGAUUGGCCACCCCCUGAGAAUUUAACUCAAUUGAAAGGGUUUUUAGGUCUGUGUGGGUUUUACCGGAGAUUUGUUAAGGGGUAUUCACAAAAUGCAGCUCCCCUUACUGAUCUCACCAAAAAGGGGGCCUUUGUUUGGUCCGAAAGGGCUCAAGUUGUGUUUGACAAAUUUAAGAAUAUAAUGAGCUCGUGUCCAGUUUUAGCAAUUCCUGAUUUCUCCAAACCAUUUGAGCUGCAGUGUGAUGCAUCAGGUGAAGGAGUGGGGGCUGUCUUGAUGCAAGACAAACACCCUAUCAUGUUUGAGAGUAGAAAAUUACGGGGUGUCGAAAGGACAUACUCAAUUUAUGAUAAAGAAAUGCUUGCCAUUAUGCAUGCAUUAGCCAAGUUCAGGCAGUACUUGGUGGGAAACAAAUUCGUGGUGAAAACUGACCACAAUAGCCUCAAGCAUUUCAUGCAUCAGAAGGAUCUAAAUGAGAGGCAACAGAAAUGGCAAAGAGCAUGGGUCAAGUGGCUGCACCUAGGGGAGUACUGCUACAAUUCCUCGUUCCAUAUGUCGAUAAAGAUGUCUCCUUUCUUGGCACUUUAUGGGUAUGAAGCUCCUAGUUUUGCAGAUUUGGUUUUUGGUGAUAGCAAAGCACCCUUAGCCAAGGAUAUGUUGCAGAAAAAUCAAGACAUAAUGAAAUCUUUGAAAGAAAAUUUGCAGAUUGCCCAAAAUCAGCAGAAGUUGUAUGCUGAUCAGAGGCGUAGUGAGCGCUCAUUCGAAGUUGGGGAUAUGGUCAUCAGAAAGAUUGGGGCAGUAGCUUAUGAAUUGGAGCUACCUUCUAAUAGUAGAGUCCAUAAUGUCUUCCAUGUAUCUCGUCUCAAGAAGGCUCUUGGACAUAAUGUGGUACCUUCGUCACAAUUACCCCCCCUGGAUGAAGAGGGACAAUUGGUUCUAAUUCCUGAAGAAAUACUUGAUGUCAGAGAACGGUCUUUGAGGAAAAGAACCAUCAGAGAAUAUUUAGUGAAGUGGAAGAACCUGCCUUUGGAGGAUGCAACUUGGGAAAGUGAUGAGAUAUUGCAGCAUCCUGGUGACAUCAGGCAAUCUCCUUUUCUUGUUCAGUCGACUCAAAAGGGCUUAGACAGAUUCGAGCUCCAGAAUGCAAGGUUGAGAAGUCAAAUUUGUAACAGGAAUCGGAAGAUCCAGUAUAUUGAUCUUUGA